GUCCCCAUAAGAAGCGUACGGGAACCAGAGUUCGCUGCAUCGCCGGAUCUGGUCGCGGCCAUGGGGAACCAGCACUCGAGCUCGCGGUCGACGCCGGCGUCCUCGCAACCGCAGUCGCCCGUUGGCUCGAGCAAUCAACAUGCGUCACAUGCGCACUCCCACCUAGGCAGCUCCAGCAGUCACCACCCGCCACAUCCUGGAUACCGCACUGGCAGGCGUGAGAGCAUUCAGCACACGAUCAAGGCCGCGCAGAUAGCCCCUCCCUCCGCGAGCUUUGAGAGCGCCCGCGGCGUUGAGCGGGGUCGCGCGAGCACACAGGCCAACACCACCGCCCACGUCACCAGCCAGCUGCGCGCCGCCCAGGACCGCAGCAUUGUGCGCGAGGGCAGCUCCGACAAAAUGGGCAACGAGCAGAGCAGCCAGAAGAAAGAGAGGGAGAGGGAGGAGAGGCAGGAGAGGCAGGAGAAGCUGAAUCGCCAGUCUACGCCGCAGCCCGCGCCCUCGAGCGCAGCACCUCCACCGCCGCCCGCAACCAUCACACCACCUCAGACAGUCCAGCCGGCGCCGCCAGCUACCUUCUCAUCGACACCACCACCUAGCGAAGUACACGCGAUUCCAAUCGAAGCCCCGCAGAGCAGCAGAACAGAGCAGGCCAUUGCGGGGUCGCUCGAGCCUGCCGAUGCUUCCCAGGACUACAUUGUGCCCUCUUCGCACUUCAGCCGUCCACCACGUCUACCAUUGCCUAUUGAAGAGGAGGUCCAUACGCCUGGCUCACCCAUAAUAUCAUCCACCGAUCUCCCGGAAUCACUUGAUCAUGGCGAGGUCGAGGGUGCCCUGCCACGCCGCACGUCGAUGCUCAGCAGCACCACGGCCGACGAUGAUGAUCUUGGCGAAGAGUUCAAGGUGCCCACUCCAGAUCGCCCAACGGUGCCAACAUUGAUCGAAUGGGAGGGUGAUGGUGACAGGGUGUAUGUGACAGGAACAUUUGCAGGGUGGAACCGGAAAUACAGGCUGCACAAGAAUGGUCCCAGCAAGAAGGAGAAUGUUCUCUCUGCACAUGUCCCGAUCCACCCGGGCACCCACCAUCUCAUGUUCAUUGUGGAUAACGACAUGAUGAUUUCGGAUAAGCUGCCAACAGCCGUCGACUACACAAACAUCCUGGUCAACUACCUCGAAGUCUCUUACGACGAUAUCAACAACCAGCAAGCACCAGCUGCGGACAAGCCUACAGACACAUCAGCACCCUCAGAAGAACAGUCUGCGACACAACCACCGCAGGACCCUCCCUCCCCUGAAGUCCCUCUCGUCAAGCCUCCGACCGCCGAAAUCCCCAACACCAAGCUCCCCGAGCCGGAAAAGAGAUACCACUCCAAGAUCCCGGCCUACCUGCUCGACCUUGAUGCGCCCGAAGAGUCAUCAAGAUUUGCCCGUGCAAAUGCCGCAGCAAGCAAUCUGCCUACGCCACCGAGUCUACCCAUGUUCUUGAGCAAGAGCAUUCUGAAUGGAACCACGCCAAUGAAGGAUGACAGCAGUGUGCUGAUCAUGCCGAACCACACGGUGCUGAACCAUCUGGCGACGAGCAGUAUCAAGGACAACAUUCUGGCUACCAGUGCGACGACGAGAUACAAGCAGAAGUUCCUUACGACGAUCAUGUACAAACCGAAGGAAGAGCAUGGAGAGAUAUACUGAUGCUUCGGCACAGGUUACGGUAGGUAUAGCAUUCUCGCACCUGCUUUGGGCAGGUUUGGUGUUUUAGCGUUAUGGUACGAUAUCGAUGAGUUUCACGAAAUACCCCAGCUCUGGAUGGAAGGAAAUCUGGGACGGCAUACAUAGAGCAUUGGCAAAAGUUCAAGAGUCAAGUAGGCAGUCGAGUCCCAUGCAAUGAAGAGGGUUUUGCUUA